CAUCAAUUACUGGUGCCCAGCUUCGAUGCUUCAGGCCAGCCUUUACUGAUCCUCUAGAUUUAUGGACGGAUUAGAAGGCUUCAAACACCAUGUUGUGUUCCAGAAUCUGAACAUUAGACACCUUGUUGAACCUGCCCAAGCCACGCUCGACUUGGCCCGGGAAAUUCGUUACUGCGUCAUUGCCAUCUGUGUUACUUGGGCUACUGUAUCAAUAUUUCGAACUUGGUCUACUACUCCCCACCGACGGGAUUCAUCCUGAGCGCUUCAGCAUACUGUUGUCAAAGUUGUACCAUUAAUCCAGUUCAUAUCCGCCGCACCUCGUCACCAUGUUGGCCUUUCGAUCCAUCUACCUGUUCCUUCUAUGUGCUGCCACCGCCCUCGCUCAAAAUCUACAGAUCGAAAAUGCCCUCGACGAGCUGUCUUUCGGGCAUAAGCAAACUAUCUCACCGAAUUCCUUCGCCAUCCCUGGCUGGGCCAUGCUUGGUGAAGGACACGUGCCUCAACUCCUGUCCGACCGAGUCAUCCUUACACCACCCCACGGCGGGCACAAGCGAGGCGCUCUAUGGUCAGAAAAGAAGGUCACGUUCAAAGACUGGCAAGUCGACCUCAAGUUCCGAGCUGGUGCAACGGACCGAGGUAGUGGCAGCCUGCAACUAUGGUAUGUGCAGGACGGAGAAAAAACAGUCAGCACAUCAGACAUAUAUUCAGUCGGAAAGUGGGAGGGUCUAGCUAUUGUUAUUGAUACUGUCGGUGGCAUACAGAAGAUCCGAGGGUUCUUGAACGACGGCACAGUCGAGUACAAAAGCAACCAAAACGUAGAGUCUCUCGCUUUCGGUCACUGCGACUACGUCUAUCGUAACCUCGGCCGACCGUCACAGAUCAACGUGCGCGCCACAUCCAGCGGCCUCCAAGUGGAUGUCGAUGGUCAACGCUGCUUCGCCACGGACAAGGUCACUCUUCCUACAGACUAUGGCUUUGGCAUUACAGGAGCUUCCGGCGACCCUCCCGACUCAUUCGAACUGUUUGGGUUCGCGGUCAGCCAGGCAUCUUCGACCAUUUCACAGCACGCCAUACAUCAGCAGGAACAGCAGCAGCAGCAAGCGCCCCCACCCGUGCCACAGUCCAAUCCAGCCGCCGGCCAACCACAAAUGGCACAAAUGGACGACACUCCAGCCUCUCACUAUACGACCUCCGAAAGCCAAUUUGCGGACCUCCACAACCGCCUCAACCUGCUUUCUAAAUCCAUCAGCAACCUUUUCACCGAGAUCACGCGCCACACCGCAGCAGAGGAAGCGCGGUACAAAGAGAUCCUGGCACGCAUUCCGAAUGAGCAAAUACUCAAGACGUUGGAGUCACGGAUUGGCAAUCUGGACCGCAUCGUAGGCGAUGUUGAACGCGAACUGAAGUCGUCGGACCACAAGAGUCAAUUCGCCAAAAUCUCCGAGCAACUCUCGCAGACGCAUCUGGGUGUGACGGAGCACGUGCCUGAGAGGAUGAGAGAGUAUGUCCAGGCACAUACGCCACGGAUUGGUUUCAUUCUAUAUAGCUUCAUGGCGUUCCAGACGUGCUGCAUCGGUGCGUGGGCCUGGUAUAAGUGGCGAAAGAGCACGAUGCCUAAAAAGUAUCUGUAAAGUAGGACAAGGAUCGAAAAUCAAGGCGUGGAGGCGUUAGCU